AAGAGCCGAUGUCUUACUAAUAAACUUCCCAAAGCAUGAUCAGAGAAAAGAGGACUAAAGAGAACAGAAGUCUGACGGUUCAAUCAAAGAAGAUACGGCAGAACAGCAAUAAUCUUUGUUUCAAUAGAAGCAGCAACCUUUCCUCCAUUAGACUAAGGCACUGGACUUUGCAGCUUAAGUUUUGGUCAGCCAAAGAGAAGAUUUUUAGGACUUCUUCUUCUUGCUUCAAUCCAGUAAAGUGGUCCAAGCCUCCGCUUGGUUGGAUGAAACUGAGCUCUGAUGGUUCAGCAUUUAGUAACCCAGGGAGUGCAGGAGCAGGUGUAGUUAUUAGAGAUGACAGAGGAAACUGGGUUGUUGGAUAUGCCAAAAAGCUUGGCAUUGGAUCUAACAACAUGGCUGAACUCUGGGCUGUUAGAAGCGCUAAUGAUACUACUGGGCCACUGGUUGAUUCAUACAGGUUGUUGAUCCAGCAGCUGGAACAAGUAAGAAUUGAGCAUGCCUAUAGAGAGACUAAUGAAAUUGCCGAUGCACUGACCAAGUUUGCAGCAACAACGGAGAAACAAUUUGCUUUGCUGUGAACGCCACCAAGCGGCUCGAUAGGCUGCGCGCCUCAUUGAGGGGAUGGGAUGUUCACUUGAUCUAAGAUCGAAUCUCCAGUUGCUAACCACUAAUAAAACUAAUUUACUAAU